AUCCAGAAGAUCAUAUUAGAUAUGUUGCAAAGCAACGAGUUCCAAAUGAGAAUAUCUAUAAUGAAAGAAUAGCAGACUUCAAAGAUUGGUAUAAUGAAGAGGUAUAUAAUAGUCUUGAAAAAUUAUAUAAAUUAUAUUUCGAAUUAGCUAGCCAAGAAGAGGUUGUAGAAAAAAGAUCCAAGAAAGAG